GCUGUCCCUUUUUUGUACUUUAUUCAAAGAGUAGACUAUUGAAAACUAUCUUACAUUCCACCCAUACCCCCAAAAAAAGCCUUCAUUUUCACUCUCAUCUAUAACUACUAACCCCAUGUGAACAAUUAAUAUUCAUUCAACCUUUUCCUUGUCAUUAACCCUUCAUAAUUCUCUUAGAUCUACACCACCAACUUUCAUUAAACUCAACAAAACAAACACAAAACACAAACAUAAACACAAGUACACAACCUAGUAUGCUUCUUCCAACCUCAAAAUCCACAUCACAUUCACACUCCUUUCACUUUCAUUAGUUCAUUCAUCUUUUUCAUCAUGCAACUUCAAACCCAUCUCAAACUCAUCCUAUCAUUUUCAUUCCUCCUCUUUCUCCCAACCCUCUCCCAAAUUGACCAGCUCCUAUAUCCAGGCUUCAAGAACACUGGUCCUAAAAAUCUCACCUUGAAUGGAAUAUCAGAGAUUGAAAAAAAUGGAAUGAUAAGACUAACAAAUGAAACAAGCAGAUUAAUGGGUCAUGCUUUCUACCCUUCACCUUUCCAACUAAAGAACAAAACAACCGGUAAAGUUUUCUCCUUUUCUUCAUCUUUUGCUCUUGCUGUUGUUCCUGAGUAUCCCAAACUAGGUGGCCAUGGCAUGGCUUUCACGAUAGCACCUACAAAGGAUCUCAAAGCUUUGCCUAGUCAGUAUCUUGGUCUUCUCAAUUCAAGUGAUGUUGGUAAUUUCUCUAACCAUCUUUUUGCUGUUGAGUUUGACACUGUUCAGGAUUUUGAGUUUGGUGAUAUUAAUGAUAACCAUGUUGGGAUUAACAUCAAUAGUAUGAUGUCAAAUGCUUCUGUUAAGGCUGGUUAUUACAAUGAUGAUUUGGUUUUUCAAGAUCUUAAUAUUAAAGGUGGAAAAGCUAUUCUAGUUUGGGUUGAUUAUGAUUCUUUGGUGAAUAAUGUUAGUGUUACACUUUCUCCAACUUCUAACAAACCUAAAAAACCUACCUUGUCUUUUCAUUUGGAUCUUUCAAUGGUUCUUCUUGAUACUAUGUAUGUUGGUUUCUCUGCUUCUACUGGUUUACUUGCUAGCUCUCAUUAUCUUUUGGGUUGGAGUUUCAAAAUCAAUGGACCAGCACCUUUGCUUGAUCUGUCUUCACUGCCACAGCUUCCACAGCCAAAGAAGAAACAAACUUCUUUGAUAACCGGUGUUUCGGUUGCGGCUUCUGUUAUUGUAUUGGGUUCUAUAGCCUUUGGUUUUUACCUUUUCAGAAAAAUCAAGAAUGCUGAUGUUAUAGAAGCAUGGGAGCUUGAAGUUGGGCCUCAUAGAUACUCUUAUCAAGAGCUUAAGAAAGCUACAAAAGGUUUCAAGGAGAAAGGGUUACUUGGGCAGGGUGGUUUUGGCAGAGUUUACAAAGGGACGUUGCCGAAAUCGAAGAUUCAAGUGGCUGUUAAGAGAGUUUCGCAUGAGUCGAAACAAGGGUUGAGGGAAUUUGUGUCGGAAAUCGCGAGCAUAGGCCGGCUUCGUCACCGGAAUUUGGUUCAGUUACUCGGGUGGUGUCGUCGCAGAGGAGACCUUUUACUUGUGUACGAUUUCAUGGCGAAUGGAAGCUUAGACAAGUACUUGUUUGAGGAUUCAGAAUUUGUGCUGAGUUGGGAACAAAGGUUUAAGAUAAUAAAGGGUGUUGCUUCAGGUCUUUUGUAUCUUCAUGAAGGGUAUGAGCAAGUGGUAAUACAUAGAGAUGUUAAAGCUAGUAACGUGCUGUUAGAUUUUGAACUUAAUGGAAGAUUAGGUGAUUUUGGUUUGGCAAGGUUGUAUGAACAUGGUGCUAAUCCAGGUACAACAAGAGUGGUGGGAACAUUAGGCUAUUUAGCGCCGGAGUUGCCUAGAACGGGAAGAGCAACAACAAGCUCCGACGUUUUUGCAUUUGGCGCGCUUUUGCUAGAGGUUGCUUGCGGAAGAAGGCCUAUUGAACCAAAGGCAAUACAGGAAGAAUUAGUGUUGGUGGAUUGGGUGUGGGAAAGGUUCAAAGAAGGAAGAGCACUUGAAGUAGUGGACCCUAAAUUGAAUGGUAAUUUUAUUGAAAGUGAGUUAUUGAUGGUAUUGAAAUUGGGAUUGAUAUGUUCAAAUGAUGUUCCUACUAUAAGGCCUAACAUGAGGCAAGUUGUGAGCAUUUUGGAUGGAGAAGUUGAGUUACCAAAUGAAAUGAGAAAGCCAGGAGGUAUUGAUUCACAAGAGGGGUUUGAUGAAUUCUUGCAUUCUCUUGGAACUACUUCAUUUGAUAAGACAAACUCAAGCUCCUAUGUUGGAAAUAGAGACAUGAAUACUAGUUUUAUCUCUUUUGGUAAUUCACCUUAAUUACUUCUCAGUCCUAGAGGAGAAACAAAGUGAUAUGAUAUCUACAUUAUACUGAUUGGAGAUGGAUUUUUAUUUACUUGACUUACUCAUGAAGUUUUUGUUUGUUUUAACAUCUCAUUAUUUGUGUUGAUUAUAGAAAGUUUUAGUUGGAUAUGAUGUUUGAGAUAUGAAAGUUAGGUGGUUCCAGUUUUCUUACAUAUUGUCUUGUAAAAAGUUUUGGACCCUGAAUGAAAUUGGAAAAUUAGUGUGUUUAGUUUGGAAUCUAUGAGAACUGAGUUUACUUUAUGUGAAGUAGAUUUAAUGAAGAUAAAUUUUGUUUUCAAGCACCUCAUGAUUGGAGUACAUUUAAAAGUUUCCAAAGUAAUGAUAGCUUAGAACACAUCAUGAUCUAAAGUACAUUUACAACCUGUAUUAUUUCAUCAACACCA